AUGUUCCUGAGGUUUUUCAUCUACUCUCAGAUCAAGGAAUUUGGGGCUCUGGUCUUCGCUGCCACGAUGAAUGUGCGACAGGUGGUGUCCAUCCUAGUCUCCUAUGCCGCGGGGCAACCGGGGCUUCUGAUUCACGUUGAUGCUCGCUUCGCAUCCAAGAUGAAGUACCACAACCCGGUGACGGCGUGGCAGAUUCUGGGUCUGCUGAUCAUCUUCUCAGCACUGUUCUACAAGUCGUUCAGGGCCAUGAUGGAGGCCCCCAGCCAAGAGGAGAAGAAGCCAAUCUUGGAACCCAAGGUUGAAGCUCCAGUUGAGCCGAACGUGAUCGACAAGAAGGCGAUCAUUGAGGAUAUGAUUGCCGAGCGAGUGCAGAAAGUGGAGGAGCUCACAGAGAGGAUUCAGCGCCAUCAGUAUCGGCAACAGCUGGCAGAAGCCGCGAAGGCCAAGCUGAUGAAGCAGCAGGAGCUCGAACUUGCUGCGGAGCAACAGGAACGAGCCGCAGCACGGGCAGCCUCCAUGGCGGCCUUUGAGGCUCGCGUGGGUGCUGCGGAGAGGAAGCGGCGUGCUGUCGAGGCUGAGAUGGUGCGGCAGCUGCGGCAGCAGGAAGAGGAAAAGCAGGAGAGAGCAAAGCAGGCGGAGAUUGAGCGCUGUCGACUGCGAGACCAGCGCUUGGCGCGUCAUCGCCAGCAGAUGGCGGAGAAGUUUCGUCGGCCGGCCACAGCCGUUCGUCAACAGCCGGAGAUUGUGACUGCCCAGGAAGCUCCAAAACCUCGGCCGCGCAGCGCUCCGGCCUCGGCGGCGGCGGUGGCACGCCGCCAAGGCCUGCAUCUCUUUGCGGAGAGCCUGGAUGCAGCUCACAAUCGCUACUUGCUUCGGCCGCGGACCGCUUCAGGCAAGAUGGGCAAGGGGAAGCCCGCGAAAUGCGCAGAUCCGCGCGAACUCCAGAGGCCAAAAAGCGCUGUGCUCUGCUGCGUAACUUGCGGGCAGAAGGUGGAUAAGUGA